CUCCGUAAGCUGUACGUCACGCUUCCGUUGAUCAUUAGCAGCGUAUCAUGGUGGCUAGUGUAUAAACAAUGCUUGUUUGGGUGUAAUGUAACAGUUACCUGACAUUAUUGUACUAAAUAUCGCAACUUCGUUCACGCGGACUUUAAAGCUUGUAACAUCGAGCAUCAUGGAAACGGAAAACCAAUCCAAAAAGAGAAACUAUUCCGAGAAGUCUGGAUCAGAAGGCUCAGAAGAUGAUGACUAUGUGCCGUAUGUUCCUGUUAAGAUCAGAAAACAGCAGAUGCUCCAGAAGGUGAAGCGUUUUCGUGGGAAAGGGCUCACAGUGGAGGAACAGAAAGAUAGUGGUGGAGAGCAAAAAGAUGAGGAAGAGGGUCUGGGUCCCCGAUCCAAUGUCAGUCUGCUGGACCAGCACCAACACCUCAAGGAGAAAGCUGAAGCUCGAAAGGAGUCUGCCAAGGAGAAACAGUUGAAAGAGGAAGAAAAGAUUCUGGAGAGCGUGGCUGAAGGCAGAGCUCUAAUGUCUGUGAAGGAAAUGGCCAAAGGUAUCACAUAUGAAGACCCAAUAAAAACAAGCUGGAAUGUGCCUCGUUACAUUCUUGGCAUGCCGGCAGCGCGGCACGAACGUGUACGGAAGAAGUACCAUAUUCUUGUUGAAGGUGAAGGCAUUCCACCACCCAUUAAGAGCUUCAGAGAGAUGAAGUUUCCUCAGGCCAUCCUGAAAGGACUGAAGAAAAAGGGAAUCGUUCGCCCGACACCCAUUCAGAUUCAGGGAAUACCAACCAUUCUCUCUGGCAGGGACAUGAUUGGCAUUGCCUUUACCGGCUCAGGGAAAACCCUGGUUUUCACGCUGCCCAUCAUUAUGUUUUGUCUGGAGCAGGAGAAACGGCUACCCUUCUGUAAGAGAGAGGGACCCUACGGCCUCAUCAUCUGUCCUUCUAGGGAGCUAGCGAGACAGACACAUAGUAUCAUUGAACACUACUGUAAACUACUAGAGGAUGAAGGGGCUCCGCAGUUGCGCUGUGCUCUGUGUAUUGGGGGCAUGUCUGUCAAAGAUCAGAUGGAGGUGGUAAAAAACGGGGUGCACAUGAUGGUGGCCACUCCAGGCAGACUGAUGGACCUGCUGAACAAGAAGAUGGUGAGUCUGGAUAUCUGCCGCUAUCUGGCUCUGGACGAGGCUGAUAGGAUGAUUGACAUGGGUUUUGAGGAGGACAUCAGGACCAUCUUCUCUUACUUUAAGGGUCAGAGACAAACGCUGCUUUUCAGUGCCACUAUGCCCAAGAAGAUCCAGAACUUUGCCAAAAGUGCUUUAGUAAAACCCAUCACCAUUAAUGUGGGCAGAGCUGGAGCUGCAAGUUUGGACGUCAUCCAGAAAACAUUUAUCAACAAAGGAUGUGAUGAGUCUGUACUAAUGGAUCUGAGAGCUUUGUUGGUUGAAGCCAAGCAGAAGGUUCCUCCUGUGCUGCAGGUUCUCCAAACGGGAGACGAGACGAUGCUGGAUAUUGGAGGAGAGAGAGGCUGUACGUUUUGUGGUGGUUUGGGCCACAGGAUCACAGACUGUCCCAAACUGGAGGCCAUGCAGACAAAACAGGUCACCAACAUUGGCCGCAAGGACUAUCUGGCCAACAGCUCCAUGGAUUUUUAAUGCUUUUUGCUACUUUGCCAUCAGAUCUUUCCUUGAGAGAGGCUCCUGUGUCGUGUCUUGCGUCAUUUUGUACAAAAUGUAUUAUUCUUGGAACUGUACAUUUGUUUAUUCAUUUCAGUGAAACUAUUUCUUGUUUGUUGCAAAAUGCAGUCAAAAAGCUUUGUGUUAGAAAAAAUGUUAAAGUUAGGAUUUCCUAGAAUUUUCAGUAGGUUUUGCUUCAUAAUGACAUUGUCAUGUAUUAAUGUAACAGCUGAAUUGUUACAGUAUUUGUCUGAAACCCAAUCAGGCAUGUUUUUGCCAGUUAAUCUUUAUUUUUUUGCUAAUUGUAAAUAAAUGAUGGUCAGCUUAUGCGCCCUCUUUAUUUUAUGAUGCAAACUGCAAUACAAUUCUUCUCUGACAUUGUAUCUCUGGUUACAUCUCUUUGCUAUUUCCUGUGUACAACCAAGCUUGGGUGAUUGUUAAUAAAGGAACACGCCAAGGUAAAGUUUA